GCUGUCACAGGGUUGUUUUGGAGGAAGUCAAAGCAGAUCACGAAACAGAAAGAGAAAAAAGCCGUCAGAGGGGCAAGAGCGACUUGUAGAAGGGCACGUUAGCAUUGUAGCCCUCAGGCGACACUAUUAGCACAAAUCCAGAUUGAUAUUCGCCAGAACUCCUGCUGUAUUAACCAGCUGUGACACGAUGACAUCAAGGAAGAAAGUUCUACUCAAGGUGAUCAUCCUUGGAGACUCUGGGGUUGGAAAGACAUCUCUGAUGAACCAGUAUGUGAAUAAAAAGUUCAGUAAUCAGUACAAAGCCACUAUAGGAGCAGAUUUUCUGACAAAAGAAGUGAUGGUUGAUGACCGACUCGUCACAAUGCAGAUAUGGGACACAGCAGGUCAAGAGAGGUUCCAGUCUUUGGGCGUGGCAUUUUACCGCGGUGCAGACUGUUGUGUGCUUGUGUUCGAUGUCACUGCCCCCAACACUUUCAAAACACUGGACAGCUGGAGGGACGAGUUCUUGAUCCAGGCCAGCCCACGUGACCCAGAGAACUUCCCCUUUGUGGUGCUGGGAAACAAAAUUGACCUAGAGAAUAGGCAGGUAGCAACCAAGCGAGCACAGGCUUGGUGUCAGAGUAAGAACAGCAUCCCAUACUUUGAGACCAGUGCAAAAGAGGCCAUCAACGUUGAGCAGGCUUUCCAGACCAUUGCACGAAAUGCACUCAAACAGGAAACCGAAGUGGAGUUAUACAAUGAGUUUCCUGAGCCAAUUAAACUAGACCGGAAUGAUCGAGCCAAGCCAUCAGCAGAGUCUUGUAGCUGCUGAGGACCUCCAGGGGGGGCACUACUAUUCACCUUCAGCCUCUCUGGCCUUGUCUCUGCCUCACUCACUUUCUCCCUUUCUCUCUUUUUGUCUCUCACCCAGUCUGUCUCAUUUUCUUUCCUCACCCUUUACUCUAUUAUCACUGGCCUUUGUCGAAGAGCAGACAUCCUCUUCAUGAUCCUACACAGUUUUCAAUCACAGUCAUAGACACAUCACACACCCACAAAUGUUGAGUCUAAAACGUAUGCCCAAAGUAAAUAAGAAACAAAGAAAGAUUGUGUUUCGUAUACAAUCCCAACAUCUCUUUCUGGUUCAGUGAAAGCAUUUCACCCAUGUACAAGUCGUACUGAAACUUUUCACAAUACUUGAAUGAGUUUUUAUAUCAUCCAGUUCCACAGUUUAAUUGGAAUAUGUGUAAUGUGAACGCUGAAAGAUUGGGGUGUGUAUCAGAGUAUUAAAGCUGUAUGUUGGUACCAACAACUACCCACCGUUUUCAACUGCUUCAUCAUUUUGCUUGAAAUAAACUGGUGGUCUGGCAUAAUGCAUGCCACAUGCUCCAUUUGCAUCUCUGUCAUUAACACAAAAUGCUCCUCCUUUUGCAACAAUUAACCAUCAUUCUAGAUUUGUCUCAAAUCACUGGAGUCUAACACUGCCCCCAACUAUUACAUCUGAGGACUGCCGGACAGCCAGUUAAUCCAUUGUACAUCUGGUUUUUGUCCUGCUGUUAAUCAAAAAGGGGAGCGGGGA